CCAUCACCAAGCAUUAAGCACUCCUUUUUCUCUCUAUCCCUCUAGUCUAGUCUCACGCACUCUUUCUCUCUCUCUCUCUCUCUCUCAACUUGGAUAUGGGUGAAGCCGUAGAGAUCAUGUUCGGUAAUGGGUUCCCGGAGAUUCACAAAGACACGUCACCCAUUCAAACCCUUCACUCCAACCAGCAGGAUUGCCAUUGGUAUGAAGAAACCAUCGAUGAUGAUCUCAAGUGGUCUUUUGCCCUCAACAGUGUUCUCCAUCAAGGAACUAGUGAGUUCCAAGAUAUUGCUUUAUUGGACACCAAACGUUUCGGAAAGGUGCUUGUGAUUGACGGCAAAAUGCAAAGUGCAGAGAGAGAUGAGUUUAUCUACCAUGAAUGUUUGAUUCAUCCUGCCCUCCUUUUCCAUCCCAACCCUAAGACUGUGUUUAUAAUGGGAGGAGGUGAAGGCUCUGCUGCAAGAGAAAUACUAAAACACAAUACGAUCGAGAAAGUUGUCAUGUGUGACAUUGAUCAGGAAGUUGUUGAUUUUUGCAGAAGAUUUCUGACCGUUAACAGCGAAGCUUUUUGUAACAAGAAGCUUGAACUUGUGAUCAAAGACGCAAAGGCUGAAUUGGAGAAAAGAGAAGAGAGGUUUGAUAUCAUAGUGGGAGAUUUAGCUGAUCCAGUGGAAGGUGGACCUUGUUAUCAGCUCUACACCAAAUCCUUCUACCAAAACAUCCUCAAACCAAAGCUUACCCCUAAUGGCAUUUUCGUGACCCAGGCUGGACCAGCAGGAAUAUUCACUCACAAGGAGGUCUUCACAUCAAUCUACAACACCAUGAAGCAAGUCUUCAAAUACGUGAAGGCUUACACAGCACAUGUGCCAUCAUUUGCGGACACGUGGGGAUGGGUGAUGGCAUCGGACCAAGAGUUUGACGUUGAUGUCAGUGAAAUGGACCGAAGAAUCGAAGAGAGAGUUCAAGGAGAGUUGAUGUAUUUGAAUGCUCCUUCUUUCAUCUCUGCUGCUACUCUCAACAAAACCAUUUCUCUCGCGUUGGAGAAAGAGACUGGAGUUUAUAGUGAAGAGAACGCUAGGUUUAUUCAUGGUCAUGGUGUGGCGUACCGGCAUAUUUGAUGAAGAAUCCGGUCCAAUUUCAGAUUCAUACCAAACCUUCCUCAUGUCACAACAAAAAGAAAAAGCAAAAGCCGGUUUCUUUUCUUUCUCCCCCGCAUAACCGGGCGUUGUCUUGCUUUGGUUCGGUUGUCUUUUCCUAUAUUUGCUUGCUUGGGGCUUCUUCUUUCGUUUUCUUCUUGUUCUCUCACUCAAGUUAUAAUUCUGCUCUAGUUUGGUUAACAAAACUAUAUCUUCCCUCGAGUUA